AUGACCAAACAUGAGGAUAGGGAGGCCAGUGCUACAUGUCUGAUGACUAACUGCUGGGCUUACCUAAACAAACUAAUACACUGGAGGAAGUUCCCCAUGAUCCUGCAGAACACAACUUACAUGGGUGCUAAUCACAUUGAAAUUAUCAAGGUGAGAUGGGAGAGUCCUCCUUAUCCUUUGAUUAAAAUUAACACUGAUGGAAGCUACAAAAAUAAGAGAGCAGGUAUUGGGGGAAUUUUUAGAGAUCACAAAGGGAAGACUUUGCUAUUCUACAAAGCCCCUUAUAUAGCUGAGGAUGCUUUGGAAACUGAAGCUGCUGCUCUAUUUUGGGCUUUAAAUUUUGCUAAGAUGAAUAAUUGGCAGUGGAUUGUUGCUGAAAUGGACUCCUCCCUGCUGGUGGAGCUACUCAAUUCUAAGAUGUCUUCCUCUUGGCAUAUCAAUCAAUGGAUCCACAGAAUUAAAAAGCUCAGCACUGAAAGCAAGAUUCAUUUUUCAUUUGUGUAUAGGGAAGCUAAUAGACCUUCCAAUUUCCUAGCUAUAGAAGGUGCUAAUGUUGAUCAUCCUGAGUCUUGUUCUGAUGCUGAGUUUGUGUCUCUUCUUGCUAUUGGGAGUUCAGAUGUUUAG